AUGACGGGCGUUGCCGCCGCUUCCUUCUUUUCAAAUGCAUGCCGGUUUGGUGGUUGCGGGCUACACUUCGAGUCGUUGUCCGAGCUAAUUAUGCACAUCGAAGACAACCAUAUCGACACAGACCCUCGAGUCCUGGAGAAGCAGGAGCUACAGCAACCUACAUAUGUUGCCCUUAGUUACAUCAACAGAUUUAUGACAGAGGCAGCUCGGAGGGAACAGGAGACUCAGAAGAAGAAGGUCCAGCCCAAACUCUCGCUGUCAAUCACAGGGAGCAUUUCCCGCAACAGCACGUCCACGCCCACUCGCCUUAGCAACGGCAGCCUGACCCCGCCGGUGACCCCGCCCAUCACUCCCUCAUCCUCCUUCCGUAGCAACACACCUACAGGCAGUGAGUGUGAUGAAGAGGAGAUGGAGUAUGAAGAGUCUGACAGUGAUGAGUCGUGGACCACAGAGAGCGCCAUCAGCUCAGAGUCCAUUCUCAGCUCCAUGUGUAUGAACGGAGGGGAUGAAAAACCCUUUGCUUGUCCUGUACCUGGCUGCAAGAAAAGAUACAAGAAUGUGAAUGGUAUAAAGUACCAUGCUAAGAAUGGCCACAGGACACAGAUCCGCGUGAGGAAACCCUUCAAAUGCCGCUGCGGCAAAAGCUACAAGUCCUCUCAAGGCCUUCGACACCAUUCUAUUACCUUCCACCCUCCUCUGUAA